AUGUCUGACUCAAACUAUUACCAACAGCAGCCUCAACAGGGCAUGAAUGCCCCUCCUCCGCAGUAUAAUCAAAAUGGCAAUGACUUAUCAGCAAAUGAAAAGUUGAACCAAAACUACCAUUACGACCGCCCUCCUCAGCCUCUGCCGGGGAAAGAUACCUUUGAUGAGACCUUCAAGGUGGAGAAACCGAAAUACAACGAUAUUCCGUUCGCCAUUCUGUUUCUGGCCACUGUUGCUGGAUUUUUCGUGGUUGCUGGUAUUACAUUAAGACACUAUGCCACCUCGUACUCCUACGAAGGUUCCUCGAUUUAUAACUCCACCAACUCGUUUUCUUUGAACACCAACACGGUGGUGUUGUUUGCAUUUGUCAUUGUGGUUGCAUUGGUUUUAUCCCUUGGAACUAUUGCGGUUGCACGUAUAUUUCCACGGCAAUUCAUCACCAUCUCAUUAAUUUUGAACGUCAUUCUGGGACUGGGUACUGCCAUUGCCUAUCUGGUCAAGGGAUACUACUCUGCAGGUGUUGUUUUCCUUGUUUUCACUGCAAUCACUGCAUUCUCGUAUUGGUGUAUGAGAAGCAGAAUCCCUUUUAGUGCGACCGUCAUGACCAUCAUCAUUGAUGUCAUGAAACAACACCCAAGUACGUGGAUUAUCACGGGAAUUGGAUUUAUUGUCGUGGGUGCCUUUUCUGCAUUGUUUUCUGCUACCGUGGUUGCCAGUUACAUGAAAUGGGGAGACCAAACUUCUGGUAGCUCGAACCACUCCAAGCUGGUUGGACUGCUGGUGUUUGUUUUCUUUGCUGGCUACUACAUCACCGAGGUGUUGAAAAACGUGAUCCAUGUCACGGUCAGCGGAAUUUAUGGUACUUGGUACUAUCUCUCGAAAUCUGACGGAGGUAUGCCAAGAUUCCAAGCAUUGGGAGCUUUGAGAAGAGCCCUUACUUACUCUUUUGGAUCCAUUUGUUUCGGUUCCUUGAUUGUCACUUUGAUUCAACUUUUGCGCCAGGGAGUCCAGAUUGUCAGACAAAAUGCCUUGAACAACGGCGAGGCUAUACAGGCAUGUUUGCUACUGUGCGUUGAAUGUUUCAUCUACGUGAUCGAGUGGUUCGUCAGAUACUUCAACCAUUACGCGUACUCGUAUGUGGCCUUGUACGGUAAGAGUUAUUUGAAGUCCGCAAGAGACACGCACUUCAUUUUCAGCUACAAAGGAAUGGAUGCCCUGGUUAACGAUUGUUUGAUCGGUACGGCUCUCACAAUGUACAGUACCUUUGUUGCUUACGUUGGCGCGCUUUUGGCAUAUCUCUAUCUACGGUUCACCAAGCCUGGAUAUAAUACCGAAGGCACGUACAAUGCACCGGUUGUUGCGUUCACUUUCCUGAUUUCCAUGCAAAUCUGCAAUGUUAUCGGUUCGGUGAUCAGAUCAGGAACGUCUACAUUUUUCCUUGCUCUUGCGAAGGAUCCAGAAGUUUACCAGGCUAGCUAUCCCGACAGAUUCAAUGAGGUGUUCAGAGACUAUCCUCAAGUGCUGGAGAAAAUCCGCACGCGUGAUGAUUGA